AGAAGCCCAGUCAAAGACCUUGUGCGCGUUCUGGCUUGGAGCUUUUGGAGCUGCCGGGGAGCGCGCAUGUUUCCUUCCUUACCCAAUCAGGUGCCGUUUGUUUUGUUGAUGCUCGUUCGCGAGGGGAGAAUCCGUGAGAGUGGCCGUACUCUUUCAGUCUGAGAUUGGACUCAACGUGGUGCGUGUAAGAUUUGAGAGAUUAGUUGCAACAUCGGCAGUGUAGUGCAGGCAGUGUGUAAGUGUGUGAUCAAAUUUAAUGGCGGAGGAGCUAAACCAGAUCUAGGACCAUCUCCUCCUUACAGACAACUGGACACGAUUCUGACUUGCUCUAAAGCAGCACAAGGCCUUUUUGACCCAGAUGGCAUAGAGUUCACUAUGAGUGUGCGCACAUAAUCUGGGUACCCUGCUGUUUCACCUGCCACAGUGCCAGCUGUCCAGACUGUAUCUUCAAGCUUCAGACUGCCCUGAACUAUAAUUCUCCUUUAAAGACCAAGGACAAAGCAAGACAGAGCUAUACUGCAAGAAGAACUGAAACCAACUCACUGGAGGCUUUCCAAUUCGUGGAAAUUACCCUAUUGCCUGUGAUCAAGAUUACUCAGAAGAUCCAAGAAGUACUUCACAGUGUUAUAACAGGAACCAACGGAAAAGUAAUGGCUGAAGAGAGAAGCAGUGUCCGUCAGACAAGAAGCCAGCAGAAAUGCUUUGCAAUGGAUGUAGAUGAAGAAGAAAACAUGAGUUCGUGCAGCACUGAAGUUAAGGAAAACCGCAACCUGGACAACGUCUCUUCAAAGGAAGCUUUGGGUGAAGGGGUCCAACUCCCCAAUGGAGGCAGUGGCAGCAGGAAGCGCCCACUCGAGGAGGGUAAUAAUGGCCACUCGCAUUCCAAGUUUCGUGCCAAGAAACGAAAGAAAACCCCGGGGCCCGUCUUGCCAAAGAAUGCCCUAAUGCAGCUCAAUGAGAUCAAGCCAGGGCUGCAGUACAAGCUGCUGUCUCAGACUGGGCCUGUCCACGCUCCUGUGUUUGUCAUGACAGUGGAGGUCAACGGGCAGCUUUUCGAAGGCUCUGGUCCCACCAAGAAGAAGGCCAAGCUUAACGCUGCAGAGAAGGCCCUGAGGUCUUUCGUCCAGUUCCCCAAUGCUUCAGAGGCCCACAUGGCCAUGGGUCGGACCCUGACUGUAAACACUGACUUCACCUCUGACCAGGCAGACUUCCCCGACACUCUCUUUAAUGGUUUUGAGACCCCAGCUCAGGCCGAUGUGGCCUAUUACCUGGGCUCUAAUGGAAAUGGCUCCUUUAACUCCAUAACGGAUUAUCCUCUUCCCUCUUCUGGAGGGCCAGACAAUCUCAGCCAGUCCCCUUUGCCCGUCCCAUCUGCCUUUGCCCCCUCUAGUGGGAAGAACUCUGUCAUGAUCCUGAAUGAGCUACGUCCGGGCCUAAAGUAUGACUUUGUCUCUGAAAGUGGAGAGAGCCACGCCAAAAACUUUGUGAUGUCAGUAACAGUGGAUGGACAGACCUUCGAAGGUUCAGGGAGGAAUAAGAAGCUGGCUAAGGCCCGUGCCGCCCAGGCAGCCCUCUCAAGCUUGUUUAACAUGCAGCUUGACCAGACGCCGUCCCGACAGCCCAUCCCCAGGGAAGGCUUACAGCUUCAUCUUCCCCAGGUUCUAGCCGACUCUGUUUCCCGUCUUGUUGUGGAUAAAUUCAGUGAACUGACCGACAAUUUCACAUCACCUCAUGCACGCAGGAAAGUCUUGGCUGGGGUUGUCAUGACAACAGGCACUGACGUGAAAAAUGCAGAGGUGAUUUGUGUUUCCACGGGGACCAAGUGUAUAAACGGGGAGUACAUGAGCGACCGCGGCCUAGCCCUCAAUGACUGCCACGCUGAAAUUAUCGCCCGACGGUCCCUAAUACGGUACCUCUAUACCCAGCUUGAAUACUUCUUGAGCAACAAAGAAGAGCAACAGAAAUCAAUUUUCAUCAGGUGUGAAAGAGGUGGCUAUAAACUGAAGGACAAUGUCCAGUUUCACCUGUACAUAAGUACUUCACCAUGCGGAGAUGCCAGGAUAUUCUCCCCACAUGAAGCUGGAAUGGAGGACCAAGGAGACAGGCACCCGAACCGGAAAGCUCGAGGUCAACUUCGGACGAAGAUUGAGUCUGGCGAGGGGACGAUCCCAGUACGGUCCAGUAACACCAUCCAGACGUGGGACGGGGUACUGCAGGGAGAGAGGCUGCUCACAAUGUCCUGCAGUGAUAAGAUAGCCAGGUGGAAUGUGGUUGGAAUCCAGGGAUCCUUAAUGAGCUACUUCACAGAGCCCAUUUACUUCUCCAGUAUCAUCCUUGGUAGUUUAUACCACGCGGACCACCUCUCCCGGGCCAUGUACCAGAGGAUAGCCGACAUUGAGGACCUUCCCCAGUCAUUCACACUCAAUAAACCUCUACUCAGUGGUAUUAGUAACGCAGAAGCCCGACAACCAGGCAAGGCUCCCAAUUUCAGUGUGAACUGGACAGUGGGAGACCAGGCCCUUGAGGUCAUUAACGCCACAACAGGAAAGGAUGACAUGGGCCGUGCAUCCCGUCUCUGCAAGCAUGUUCUGUACAGCCGCUGGAUACGCCUGCAGUCAAAGCUUCUCUCAAGUCUGCGGAUCAAACUGUCCAAGCCCAGCUCGUACUAUGAAGUCAAGCAGGCUGCCACAGAAUACCAUUCAGCCAAGCAGGCACUCAUUAAGGCUUUUCAUAAGGCUGGGCUUGGUGCCUGGGUGAAAAAGCCAAUAGAACAGGACCAGUUCUCUCAGAGCCCAUGAGAGGGUGUAGAGGAUGGAGCCAAAACACAGAACAAAUUACCAGCUGCUGAGACUUCAUGUGUUCAGUGUAUUUAUUGUAUUGCUUUGAGAUUUUACCUGCAUCUUAUUUUUUAUCCCUGAAUUGUAUUCCAUUCCUCCUUUUUAAAUUGUGUGUGUGUGUGUGUGUGUGUGUGUGUGUGUGUGUGUGUAUACACACACACAUACACACACACAUUACAAGUCUUGAUAUUUUAAACUGGAAACACGUGUGUGUGUCUAUGCGUGUGUGUGUUAAUUUAAACAAAACAAAAAUUGUAAAGAAACAUUUUUAUAAAUAAGAAGUUUUAACAAAUUUAAUGAGCCAGCUAUCAACAUCAGAAAGAAGACUGCCUACAGAGCAUGUUUAAGCCAAAUAGUUUCAAAUAAUUUGAACUGUGUACGGAGCUAGGUUUUUUGUUUUUUUUCUGAGAGUUGUAUGUCAUUUGAAUCAAAUUUAGCAAAGCUGUGUCAAUUUUAGCGAGAUGCUGUCUUUUUAGGGUCAAGUCAGGUGAUUUGAGGGUCAUAUCCAAUUUUUUCAUAGAGCCUCUGUAAACUUUUUAUUUUAUUUUUUUAUGUUAUGUUAUCAACAAAAAAUGGUGACUUUAUUCUGGAGUACUGUGUGAAUUUAGUUGACUUCCUCAAUUUGUGUUCAUUUGACCUGGACAGAGAAUACAUUACUUUAAAUGGAAAGUAAUUGGUGUCUUGAACAGUCGUAAUCUGGGCUGCUUCAGUUUAUAAGAAUGGCCUUAACCUGCCUGAAUGUAAAUAUUGUUGAUCUGACAGGUAAACUGAUAAAUUGUGAGGCCAUUUUUUCACUGUUGAUUAGGGCUUUGUCUGGGAAUCAAAGUUGUAUUCUUGCUCAUUUAAAACAAAUCUGGACCACCACUGCUGUACCACACUCCACAUUUAAUCAGCUUCAGUUUGGUGAUUUUUUGUAUACUUUUAAAGAAGUGUAAUGGCUUACUGGUUUUUAUUUUAUUACAAUAGGUUUUACAUUUUAGCAUUUUUAAGAAAUCUUUUUAGAAAACCGUUUAUUUUCAUUUUUAAACAUGAUAUCAGAUAGUCUUGCACUGUCAUGGUCAUUUCACCUGAAGAGUGAUUCAAACAGAAGUUAUGCACAGAGGCUGCCCAUUAGUUUUCAAGGAUUACAUUGAUAAUACAAUGUAGGCUUAGUCCUUGUUGCAUUGAGACUGAAGGACUAGUGAGAACUGCAGCCCAGAAUCAGAGCCAGCAAAAUUAGCACUGCUGUCAUCGUGUGUCCCUUUAGCUGUUCUAGAUAAUAUUUUUAUUGUAGGGAUCAACAUACAAGUAGAGUUACUUUAUCAGAAUAACUGUUUCCAUUAAAAAACAGAGUGAGAGCUUUUUACCAAAAUGUACUUUUUGUUCUUGUAGCUUGUGAAGAGAAAUAUGUUCUUACCAUGGCUGUGGAAAUGUCUACCAGGCAGCCCUGUGAGACCGCAUUGGCUUUGUUUGGUUUUGUUUCAGGAUAUGUGUUUGCAGAUAUUGCUACGGUAACUGUUUUUCUUUUACUUUUUUUUUUUUUUAAAACAAGUUUACAACAAUAUCAAACGACAAAUACCUGUUUUAUUUCUUAUAAGAACCCAGUGUGCAUCCAGUCCUUAUGCAGUUGAUGUUUUGUUUUAAUGUAAAUUGAACAUCCAACUUUGGCACUGCUAGUUUUCUUUUAAUAUCUACGGUAAUUCAUUAAGCAAAUAGAGGAGCGGUAUCAUAGGUAUCUAGUCUAAAAACUGAAAAAUAGAUGUACUGCCCCUCCUGUCUUUCUUGUGGUAUUUGUAUACAGUUUAAUCCUCACCACCCUCCAGCUCUACCAUUUUACACUGUAUAUUUUAUAGAGGUGCCCCUAAGUGGAACCUGUUUUGCUGGCACACAGUGAUGGGACAUUGACACAACCAGCUAUCUUAGUUUAGGCCACAGUACUGCUGUCUAACUACUGUAAAACUAAUAAUACAAACACUUUCCAUAAUAAUGAAUUCUGCAAUUUGUUGUGCUUGUUCUGGGGUAACCAAAGAUACUGUAGAUGUUUUUUUGUCUUUGGAUGCUUAAAAAUUGGAUGUUAUUUUUGCAAACUGUGACACCUGUCCUCUGUGUGAGUGUAUAUUAGUUUGUUUUUAUUAUUAUUUUUAUUUUGUACUUCAAAUCAUAGAUUUUUGGUUUUUCUGGGUUUUUUUAGGAUUUUGUACAAAAAGUGUAAAAUUAUUUUUCUUCCAACUUUGCAUCCAGACAUAGCCCUGUUAAGAGUGCUCAAGUAUUUAAGUAACUGGUUUAAUGAUGUACAGAUUGCAAACCUAUCUGAUACUGUUCUGUAAGAUACCAAAAAAAUUGACCUGUAUUGCAAUUGUUUGCAACAAUGUCCAAAACACAAUUUGAAAUCCACGGUGCAGAAAAACAGUUUUGUUUUUUCACUAAAUGUGUGAAUGCAUUUCUAUUUAAGAAGUAACCCAUUUUUUUUAUUUGUAUUCAAAACUAAAGACUGUUUCCAUUCUAACUUUCAGGGACAGCUACACUGGUAUAGGCUUUUAAUACACUUGUUGUUUGUUCACAAAUCUUGACCCUUUAAAAAGUCUGGAACCAAACUUUGAAUAAGAAAUGGUUCAUAGAAACCGUGGUAGAAAACGUAUCCUUGCUUAAGGGAUUUUUAAACUUUUAAAUCUGGAAAUCAUAUUUUGAUGAUUGAGGCUGUGGCCCAGGUUGGUUCCCCAGGGCCAUUGCACUGUAAAAUACAGCACAUCAGCAACCUGCAUGAGCUCCCACACUGAAGCUGCACCCAGCAUGAUAAACUGUUAUGUGUAGAAAAAGGGAAAUAGUUCUUAAAGAAGAAAAGGGGAAAAUAAAUCUGAAAUUAGUUUA